UUUACAUUUACUAUGUUACGUCUAGUCUAUGAGACCAGGCUGUUAGCACAACACGGACAGCCAAUCCCGCUCGGCUCGACUCCUAAGUAUACCUGGAGAUUUUAGACACGAAUAAAAACUAUGUCUGUACUGAGAUGACCUGACGGAACCAUGACAGGUACCGAGUGAAGAAUUAAUAACGGAAUAUCAAGAAAAGAACACUGCGUCUGUUCCGGAGGCGUUCGAGGUUCGAGUGAACACCUUUUGGUUCGGAGCGCACACAUACGCACGCAUCUGAGCAGCGAUGGGUGCUUGGACGCUGCUGCUGUGCCUACUCGCCAUUGUGAGAGGCAGCCUGGGGGCGGAUACUGAAGAGCGGCUGGUGGAGCACCUGCUAAACCCCGCCCACUAUAACAAACUGAUCCGCCCAGCGACCAAUGGUUCUGAGCUGGUGACAGUUCAGCUGAUGGUGUCACUGGCCCAGCUCAUCAGUGUGCACGAGAGAGAGCAGGUCAUGACCACCAACGUAUGGCUCACACAGGAAUGGCAGGACUACCGUCUGACUUGGGUCCCUGAGGAGUUUGAUGGCAUGGAGAAGGUCAGACUGCCUUCCAAACACAUCUGGCUGCCCGACGUUGUGCUGUAUAACAAUGCUGACGGAAUGUACGAGGUCUCCUUCUACUCCAACGCGGUGGUCUCCCAUGACGGCAGUAUCUUCUGGCUGCCUCCAGCCAUCUACAAGUCAGCCUGUAAGAUCGAGGUCAAACACUUCCCCUUCGACCAGCAGAACUGCACCAUGAGGUUCCGCUCCUGGACCUACGACCGCACAGAGAUCGACCUGAUCCUGAGGUCCGACGUGGCCAGCAUGGACGACUUCACACCCAGCGGAGAGUGGGACAUCAUCGCCCUGCCGGGGCGCCGCAACGAGAACCCUGCCGACCCCACCUACGUAGACAUCACCUAUGACUUCAUCAUCCGCAGGAAACCUCUGUUCUACACCAUCAACCUCAUCAUCCCCUGUGUCCUCAUCACCUCUCUGGCCAUCUUAGUGUUCUAUCUGCCCUCUGACUGUGGAGAGAAGAUGACCCUGUGUAUCUCUGUCCUGCUGGCCCUCACAGUGUUCCUCCUGCUGAUCUCUAAGAUCGUCCCCCCCACCUCCCUGGACGUUCCUCUGGUCGGGAAGUACCUGAUGUUCACCAUGGUCCUGGUGACCUUCUCUAUUGUUACCAGUGUGUGUGUUCUCAACGUGCACCACCGCUCACCCACCACACACACCAUGCCCCCCUGGGUCAAGCUGGUGUUCCUCAACAAAUUGCCUGCGCUGCUCUUCAUGCGCCAGCCCCAGAACAGCUGCGAGCGUCAGAAGCUGCGCCAGCGACGGAGGGGCCAGGAGCAGAGGGAGGGGGGCAGGGAUGGGGGCUCUGCCGGGGUGAUGGUGGGCCUGGGGCUGGGGGGCGGAGGGGGUGGCACGGAUAACAACGAACCCUGUACGUGUUACGUGAACCGGGCAUCGGUGAAACAGUUUGUAGGGGAGCUGGGAGGGGGCGCGGGGGGAGGAGGGUCGAUGGAGGGGCUGAACGGGCUGAGGGAAGACAGGGAGGGGGGGCAGGGGAACCGGCCCAGGGGGAAACAGGUGGGAGGGGGCCCAGCCCUGACCCAGGCCGUGCUAGGACAAGCCUGCCCUGGGUUGGAGGAGGCUGUCGACGGGGUCCGCUUCAUCGCCAACCACAUGAAGACUGAAGACGACGACCAGAGUGUGAGCGAGGACUGGAAGUAUGUUGCCAUGGUGAUCGACCGUCUCUUCCUGUGGAUCUUUAUAAUUGUGUGUGUGUCCGGAACGGUCGGGAUGUUCCUCCAGCCACUGUUCCAGAACUACACUGCCAAGACCAUCACCAACACCAAUGGCUGACCAACCAGGUUCCCAGCAGCAUCGAUGGACACUGCCCCGACCCAAUCAGCACAGCAGGACAGGGGCAGGAGGGAGGGACCUGCCCAGCAGGGGAAGUGGGUUUUAUUAAGUCUGUGGAACUAAAUUGGACAGGAGCCACACCUGUUAACCUUUAUAGCCUUUCUACUGAACUGUUCUGAACUGAAGAACUAAACUUAACACCAACAUCGUAUUAAAGAUCGUUUUUUUCUUCCAGAGGAGGGAUAAAUGGAUGGACAAAUCUUCCCUUUUUCCCAGAGGAAGGUGGAGCUAUGCCUCUCCUCUCUCCCUCUGAGUGACAAGCGGCAGAAGCCAAUCAGGGAGAGAGGACAAUCUCUAAAAAAAUUUGACAUCCUGUAGAACGCUACGCCAGCCAAUCAAUGCUCUUCAUUCCAAGCUGACUGUGCAAGCUUACUAAGAGUAUAUUGUCGCACCUUAACUGGUACAGAACAUAAUGCUUCAGUAACAGAACCUUGAUUGGAAACUGUGUCAACCAAUCAGAAAAAUGUAAAGGCAAUUGUUUUUCCAAGCCACUUCUGUUAAGCCAACUGAUAGUACAGUACAGUAUAUUUUACCAUAGCAUAGCAGUGUACCACAGUAUAGCUUUAAAUAUAAUGUUAUUGCGAUUUCUCCGUGUCUGUUCCUGAGAGAAAGGUAGGGUGCAGUGGUUUGUUGUAUGAUUCUCUGCGCUUUUAAACAAGAAUGUGAUAUGACCUGUACUACACAGUCUGUGUCGUGCACACUAACACUAUAUGAGGAGAAGAGACAGAUCGUGAAGGAGAGAGAUGAAAGAGAGAGAGGGAUAUUGACAGAGAGUUAGAUGGAAUGAGAUGAAGUAGUUAUAGUGAAUCCCAAACCGCCCCCUCGCCAAUACCAACUCCCUCCGUUGUCACGUGUUGCUGACGAAGCUCCGAGGGAGACUUCCAGAGAGUGGUGAUGGGAUCAAUAAACCCACCGGGACCAGUCUCUGAAUCAGACAUAAACACAUGCACAUGGUAUAUAAUUACAAUGGGAUCAAUAAACCCACCGGGACCAGUCUCUGAAUCAGACAUAAACACAUGCACAUGGUAUAUAAUUACAAUGGGAUCAAUAAACCCACCGGGACCAGUCUCUGAAUCAGACAUAAACACAUGCACGUGGUAUAUAAUUACAAUGGGAUCAAUAAACCCACCGGGACCAGUCUCUGAAUCAGACAUAAACACAUGCACGUGGUAUAUAAUUACAAUGGGAUCAAUAAACCCACCGGGACCAGUCUCUGAAUCAGACAUAAACACAUGCACGUGGUAUAUAAUUACAAUGGGAUCAAUAAACCCACCGGGACCAGUCUCUGAAUCAGACAUAAACACAUGCACGUGGUAUAUAAUUACAAUGGGAUCAAUAAACCCACCGGGACCAGUCUCUGAAUCAGACAUAAACACAUGCACGUGGUAUAUAAUUAGACACGCCUCUCUAUUUUUUACAAUUCAAUUGUGCUAACUUCAGACAUAUAGCAGUGAGUGUCGGGAUAGUACGUCGCUCUGAAGCCUGCAUCCGUGCUGGCUAGGUCGAAGUGGCUAUAGGAGGAUCUAAUUAGCCCCUACACCCCCAUAAUAUUCACUCCCUCAGCUUUAGUACACUUGUGCAAAUAGCCGAGGCUCGUGUGAACGCGCAAGUGGAGUGCCGAGGGGCCAGGCGAAGGGGGUGAUUUGGGAUUCAACCCUAGAGAAAGAUAAAGGUGUAGGAUGUCUGCAUAUACAGCUCUAUUUGGAUAAUAGCAGCUUGUGCCAUCGGGUACAGUUGCAAGGGGAUGAGUCUAGAUUCAGUAAGUUCCUGGGAAACUGAGAUUGGGUUGAGCUAAGAUGAAGUAAAUUCCCUCCUUUUACAGUUGAGCCAUGAUUGCACAAAAUUGGGUGGUCGAAUAUAGAACUGACAGAUGAUAUGUAUUGUUGGAAUAAGGAUGUUUUCUCAUGAAACAUAAGCUAUUGUGUGUUAUGAAUGUUUGCACAAAUGUUAAUUUCUGUCAUCACUGUGAUUCUCAUUACCAGAGUAAGACAGUGUCUCACUCUGUCCUCUCUUCCUUUACUCCCUCUCUCCUCCCCCCUUCCCCCUCCUGUCCUCCCCUCCUUCUCCCUCUCUCUUCUCCUCCUUCCUCCUCAUGUCCUCUCCUCCUUCCCCCUCCUGGCCUCUCCUCCUUCCCCCUCUCUCCUCUCCUCCUUCCUCCUCCUGUCCUCUCCUCC